GGCGGUGCCGCGUACCACGCGUUUCCGUCUCUUCCGGGUUCCACACGUUGUCAACAAGCACAUCGUUGUGUUCUGCGAGUGAUCGAGAGCUUUCAUCUCAUCCACCAUGCCGAAAGCCAAGAAAAACAGCCACAGAAAGAAGUAUGACUACGACAAGGACAGGAAGAAGCAGAAGAAACAGUUCAUGAAGAAGUCCAGACCGAGGAUAGAAGAUAAAAGCAUUAGGCACGCGUGGGACAACUACAAGACCAGCAACAAGAACCUGGAGGACAUGGGCCUGGCAUUCGACCCCAACCACUCGCAGCCCAUCCGGAACCCCGAGACUGGCUUUGCCCCUACGCCAGCUGCCCCAGUCGUAACCAAGCCCUACGUAUUGCGGAAGAUGGAGGAGGAGGCGAGCCAGCGGUUUGACGAUGACAAAAGCCUGUCCCGAGACCUGAUCGACUUCGUUCAGCACAUGGUGCGGGAACACGGGGAGGACUACAAGGCCAUGGCGCGGGAUGAGAAGAACUACUACCAGGACACGCCCAAGCAGAUCCAGAGGAAAGUGAACGAGUACAAGCGCUGUCACCCAAAGCUCUUCAACGCCUUCAUCCAGUCGCUAGCUCCCAAUGCUAACCCACAGAGCAGCUCACAGCCUCCAGUCAUUGUCUGCUAAUGCUAACCCACAGAGAAGCAAGCGGCCUCCAUCCAGUCGCUACCCGCUAUAACCAGUCGUUCCCCCCCCCCCCUCUCCUUGAGCUCUGACUCGGCCCCAGACAGAAGGGCCCGUCUGGGGGUAUCAUGUCCCAAUGUGUGCGGUAACGCUGGUGGUCCGGGGCUCCAUACGGGCCGGAUGUAAACAAGAUGGCCGCUUAACGACACUUUCUCUCUGGAAAUGGACGUGAAACUCCCGGACUACUGGACCGCGUGUGGAAACUAGCAAGAGAUCCACACAACGUAGAAUGGGUCUACAGUUCUUGAACGCGGUUCUGCAUUCUACAACUUAAGUAUUUUACUUCUAUACAGAGCUGGUUAAUUUUGUUUUUGUGAUGUUACUAUAAUACAAGUUGUCUUUAUGCAGCAAUAAAUUUGUUUCCCGAAGUCAA